AUGAUAUAUGAUAGCAAUCUACCCGAAGCGACUGAGAACAACAACAUGGAAUGCAUUCAAGAUGGAAAGUAUGUGACUGGAAGUGUUGUGAAAUACAAUUGCAACCAGUAUUACAUUCUCAGUGGAUCACGACUUCGGAAAUGCACUGAGAAUGGAGAAUGGAGCGGAACACCUCCGUUCUGUACAGCAGAAUGUGGGUCGAGGGGGAAGUUGCAACGGACGUAUUUGUCACGAGGAGGGAGGCCAUCCGGUAUUGGAACCUGGCCGUGGCAGGCAGCCAUUUAUGGCGUCCAGGAGAAGGAUGUCAUUUGUGGAGGGGCUCUCAUCGGGGAGCAAUGGGUUCUCACCGCAGCCCAUUGUGUCGUCGUUAGAGGUUCUUCAAGAGUUCGAGCUCCAGAACACUUCCGCGUUCAUCUUGGAACUCAUUAUCGAAAUGAGUCCCUGGGCAACGAAUACGUGCAAAUAAUAGAGGUGUCCAGGAUCAUCCAAUACGAAACCUAUACCCACCUGAACUACGACUCAGACAUUGCCUUGCUCAAACUAAGCAAACCAGUAAAGUUGACUAGUAGAGUGCAGUUGAUAUGUCUCCCGUCACCUGAAUUUCCUAUUCUCUCUGAGGAAAACUUGAAGAAUGGAAAUCUUGGAUGGGUGGCUGCUUGGGGCCAUGAUAGCUCCAAUAACCUGAGUGAUGAAUUGAUGGAGAUUGAAAUCCCUGUGGUAUCGAAUGACAUAUGUCACUUGGAGACGACUCAUUUUGCAGACGACCCUAAUGCCUCAAAAUCUCUUACCGGGAACACUUUCUGCGCCGGACACGAUAGGAAUACUUCCCCCCGAGAUUACAAAACGGUGUGUCGCGGAGAUUCAGGCAGUCCCAUGGCAUUCUAUACCCGAGCCUUGAAGCGUUGGCAAGUUGAAGGGAUCGUGAGUCACUACUUCGGCAGCGAUGAAUGCUCCGAGAGGGGCCCAGGUCAAUACGGUGUUUUCACCAGAGUCAGUCGGUGA